CACUGGCCGGAGCUCAGGAUACUUAUACUGGUGGUUUCGGAUCAAGCUAAGCAGACAGGAAGCACAGUGGGUAUGCAGACAACAGUAGCAACUUCAGAACUCUUGCAGCAACGAUUACAAACUGUACCUCAAAGAGUGGACAAGGUCAAACAAGCAAUACUGAAAAAGGACUUCCACUCAUUUGCAGAAAUAACAAUGAAGGACAGUAAUCAGUUGCACGCUGUUUGCCUGGACACAUAUCCCCCUGUGUCUUAUCUCACCGACACAUCUCGUCACAUUAUGCAGCUUGUUCAUGCCAUUAAUGAAGACAAUUCCUCAAACAUGGUAGCUUACAGCUUUGAUGCAGGUCCCAAUGCUUUCUUAUUCAUGCAAGAAAAAGAUGUCCCAACAGUCCUACAUAUUCUUCGUUACUUCUAUCCCAGCUCUGAUCCCCACUUUCUCAGAGGGUUACCUGUCCCCGAGAAGGACGAUCAUCAUGUGGAUUACACUACCUUCAUUGAACUCAAAGUGGUUCCUAGGGCCCUUAAAUUUAUCAUCCACACAAAACCUGGACCAGAGCCUAGUGUGAAGGAAACGGACUGUACACUUCUAGACUGCAAUGGCUUACCUAAACUUCAUCAUUGACAGGAAUUGAACCAUGAUGAGAUUUUUAUGAUACUCUUUUUGUACAAAAUAAACAAUGAAUAACAAACACUAUGCAUUGUUAACUGAAGGGAGGAAUUAGAAUUUAAGUUAGAACAGAAUCAGCAUUAAAAAACAUGGUGCAAAGCAGGACAUUCUCUCAUGAUCAUUGGCAAGAGGUGAAAGAUGUAUAAAUAUUGCAUAUAGUUGAAUGUAUAUUUAAUGAAAAGUUUUCACCCCAAGAAAACCAUUAAUCAACCGAGGUGCACUUGCACAGACGAAGUUGACAAUAGUUUUCUUGGAGUGAAAUUUUCAAUGUUACAUUCAACUACAUGCAGUUUUUAUGAUGUUAUACUGAAUGUUUAUACAAAUACAUUAACAGUGAACUUUGUGGGUAUAAAUUCUGAGCAAUCACUUUUUUUUUUUAGCAUCACCCGUCGUCAAGCAAUUUGACUCUUGCUACGCUGGAGGGCGCGUCUUCAUUAUUCAGCAGGCAAUAGUGAUUUAUAGCAAAUGUUUCGCAAUGAAUCAGAUUCAUUGACAACUAAUUUACAUGAAAGUACUGGUAUAAUUAAGUUCAUCUACAAAGUUAAGGGUAACUUAUGUAUUACACUUGCUUCGACUCC